GGACAGGCAAUGUUUGCUCCUGCUCCCCGGCAGAAGCGAAACCCUAUCCCCGUCCUCGGUGCUCCGCUUGGGUUUCUUGGGGCUAUUUCUGGCUCUCCGUUCCUUCGUCUCCAGCAUUUCCACUGCCUCUCUCCAUCAUUUUUUCCACUCCUUCCCUCCUCCGCCGCCCUUGCCUCCCGGUGCCCUCGGCCCAGUGUCCUCCCCAUGGCCCUGCCGCAACGGCUGCUCCCCGAAAUGGGCCGCCAGGGCGGAUUAUUACCAUUGCUAAUCUGCAUUUGCCCUCCUCCCUGCCCUCCCCUGCUCCUCCCUUCUCCAAAUCGCUGCUGUACAGCACCGGUGUGCGGUGCUGCACGGGCUGGCCGGGGCGGACAACGCCGGGAGAGCCACCGUGCCCGGGCUGGCCAGGGAGAUGCCGCUGGAGGAUGGGGACCCGGUGAGGCAGAGGGGACAGCGGGUCAACGAUGAAGUCGGCAGAGCCGGGGACCCCCUGCUCCAGGGCACACCAGCACCUGACAGCAGCAGGAUGGAGGCGAUGGCAGAGGACAGGGAGCCGGGGCCAGCGCUGGGUGACGGGGAUGUGAUGCCCGGGGGGACCCCACAGCGAGCAGGGCGGCACGAGGAAGCCCUGAUGGCCGAGCUCUCGGAGCUGGUGCAGAAGGUGGUGAAGAGCAGCAGCUGGUGGGAGCGGCACGGCGUGGACAUCAGCAUCCUUGCCUGCAGCUUCCUCCUGCUCCCAGCAGGGUUCCUGUGCCUGCGGUCAGCCCAGGCCACCCCUUUCCUGGCGGGUGUCCUCACCCUCGGCGUGGUGCAUCACACCUUGACUGUGAAGGGCAGCCACUUGGCCAGCCACAACGCCUUGACCGAGUCCAAAUCCUGGGGCAAAGUGUGGGCCAUCUUCUUCAUUGAGCUCUGCUCAGCUUUCACGGUUGAGCAAGCCACAUACAACCAUGUGAAAAUCCACCAUGGCUACACCAAUGUCAUCGGCCUGGGGGACUCCAGCACCUGGAAGCUUCCUUUCCUGAACCGCUACGUCUACAUGUUCAUCGCGCCUCUUGCAGUGCCCAUCAUGACCCCUCUGGUUGCACUUGAUUUGUUGAGGAACGUGGAGUGGAAAGCAGCUCUCCGGACCCUCUGCUGCAUGUUUCUGGGUCUCUACUGCCAUUACUGGGUGCUGCUCCACGUCUCGGGCUUCCAGUCACCGUGGUCCGCCCUGCUCUGCAUGCUGCUCACCCGGUCCCUCCUGGCCCACCCCUACAUCCAUGUCAACAUAUUCCAGCACAUCGGCCUCCCCAUGUUUGCGGCUGAUCGGAAGCCCAAGCGGAUCCAUCUCAUGAGCCUGGGUGUCCUCAACCUGCCCCGCAACGCCCUGCUCGACUGGUCCUUCGGCCACUCGCUCAUCAGCUGCCACGUGGAGCAUCACCUCUUCCCCAGCCUCUCUGACAACAUGUGCCUCAAGAUCAAACCCAUCGUCUCCCAGUAUCUGAAGCAGAAGAAACUGCCAUACAACGAAGACACCUACAUCUCCCGGCUCCAGCUCUUCCUGCAGAGAUACGAGGAGCUGAUGGUCCACGCUCCCCCCAUAACGGAGCUGGUGGGCAUCCAGUGAGGAUGGGGCCCCAGGGCUCGGGGGACUGUUUCCUGUGGGGCACUUGUGGCAGGGAUGGUUUUAUCAGGAUCAGGGCUACACAGACAAACUCUCCAUAAAGCCAUCACGUAGGAAACAUCUCUCCCUGAUGUCUUGCUUUUGGCUAGAUAAUGAUACACAGAGCCACUGCAGGAGGAGAGCUGGGCGGUGCAACGCCAGGGACAGGAAAAGAGGGGGUGUCCCCCAGUUAUUCCCAGCCAGGGCUUAGUUUUAUCCACUCUGCUUUCACGCUUAGGGAGAGAAAACCCCCAUCUGCUGGCUGGGGCCUCCCUGCAGCAGGACCUGGGGGGCUGCAGCUGGGGAUGCGGCACCGUGACUGGAGCUUCUGGAGCUGGUUUCUGGCUGAGAGCUGCCAAGAUCCAUAGGAAGGGGCUGAAAAUGUGUGGUCGGGGGCUCAGCGAAAGGGUGGAUUGUGGGGAGGGGGUUGUGUCACCGCUGCCUGCACUUUGCUUGACUUUUGGGGUAAAUCAGUCCCUUGUAGGAAUAAUGAUUUGGCAAAUUCAGCCUUAACAUGUUGAAGUGCAUCUUCUUUAUUACUGGGUUUUGUUGCCAGAGCAAAUCCUACUGGUAUCCUGCAGUGCCCAAGGCAGGGCUGGGGGAAAGACCCUCUCCCCUUGUGGGGUAUCGGUAUUGGGGUGCCAGAGGUGACCCCAGAUAUUGUAAUUGCUAUUGCGAGUUUAGUGGGAGAAUCACCUGCUGGAGGCUCUGGCCGCUCUCCAGAGCUUGGGAGACUUUUCCUGCUUAGGGAGGGUGAACUCGGCCCACUGAGCCGCUGCCAGUGGGUGGAAUGCUCAUGUGGCCAGUUCCAGCCCCCUCUGGGAUGACGUCCCUGGCUUUCCCAGGGCAUUCUGCUGUCCCAAACCUUCCAGACCUAUGACAAAGUCCAAGCAUGGUGUCACAGUGGGGAGCUGGCAGCAGAAAAGACAACUGGCCCAAGUGGGACCAACACAGAAGUCAGUGCUGGCCCUGAGCUUUGGGAGGCUUUGCUCUGAGCCUGGGGUUUUGCUCCCUGAUUCAUGCUGUCCCCCCAACCAGGGCUGGACCCCCUCAGCCUCACAACUGGGAUUUACAGAGCUCCACAUUGCAAAUGUGUCCCGAGGCACAGGGAUGCUCUGCUCUGGUCCUGGCCCGUGGCAGAGUGACGGCUGCAGGAGGCAGCCCAUGGUGUUUGUCCUCCCGUGUUCUCCUUCACCAAUUGCAGGGACAUCCACUGUGGAAGGGUCCCCCUGUGGCCACUGUGACAUGGGCUGGAGCCGGAAUGGCCACGGCAUGUCCUCAUGUAGCAGAUCCAGACUUGGAGGUGGGGAAAGUUGGGCCUGGAUCCAUCCAGUGUGACCCCUUUGGCACCAGAAACAGGGAAUUACUGAUUUAUCCUGGGCUGGGGGCCAGGGGAUGCUGAUGCCCUGGGCUGGUGGCAUUGCUGAGUCACCUCUAACUGACCCCAUGCAGGUUUAUCAAUCCAGAACAUUGUGAAACAUCCAAAGGGCAAAUUCUCGCCCUUUCAUCAUGGGUUAUGUCGGGUCUAUAGGUGGGGAGGAAGCUGUGGGAGGUGGCUGGACCAAAUGGCCUGAGUGCUCCUGGGGGUCACCCAGGGCUGGAGGGUGGCAGAGACCCUCCCCAGAGGUGCACUCCUUCCCUCAUGAUUAAUUUCUUAAUUGAGUAUCAGAGUUAAAUUAUGCUAAAUGUGCCAAAUUAGUGGCGCUCCUGGCUCCAGCAAGGAGGGGACUGAGCACGUAUUAGCGGUGCUUUUGGUUCAGCUGGGGUAAUCUGAGCCUCACGUGUCCCCGUUUGUGGGCACAAAAUGCUCUUUCUCCUCCCCUCUUGCAAAGAGAUCAAUCCCAAAAUGUUUCUAAGCACUGGUGGGAGCAACAGCCCUGUCCUCAGCCGAAUUUCAUGGAUAUUGUUUAACGCAGUGCCAUCUAAAGGCAAGUGUUCACAGGUCCUUCAGCCAGCGGGACAUUACUUGUGAUUUGGGAAAUAUAUGGUUUAUUCCCUGUCAGAAGUGGCAGAUGUAGUAGAGGUUAAUGGGGAAAAGGGAGAUUUCUGACUUGUGCUCAGAACCCCCCAAAUUUCUGCCUCAAGUGAUGGCCCAGAUUUAAACUCAAUGCUUUUUUUUUGUGGAUGAUAUUAAUGCUGAUAUUUGGAACUGUGCCUCCAGCCUCGCCUCUCUGAGCAAUGAGUUGGUAAUGGCUGUGUUGAGCUAAGGCUGGAGGCUCUGAGCACAGGCACUGAAGCUGUCGGAAAUCCUGGUCCUUGUUGCAAACACCCUGAAGGAGUGGAUGCAGACGGAAGCAUAUGGCCAGCUGCCAUGCUCAGCAUGCCUUUGCAGAAAGCCAUGA